AUGAUGCCGGGUUUGGUUGAUGCUGUAUUCCAUGGCAAUGUGCCCAUCCAUGAUGCUGCUGCUGCGGUCCAGCAUGGUGUCCGAGCGGUGCGCUCAGAUGAUACCAGCAGCUUGAAGAAGGCCGUCAUUGAAUGGCUUGCUGAAGACAUCACAAAGUCAGGGAUCCCAAUCAAUCUCACCACAAAACUGGGGAGAGGAUUUAAUCAUCCGGUCACUGGAAAGCUCCUUUGCCCGGUCGUUUUGGACUGGAGUAACCCCGACAUGCAGUUGGAACUCAAGGAGGGCUGCGCCUACAUUGAAGAUCAUCUCAUCAACUCUUCAGAUUGGCCUGCAUUCCUCUACAGUGAAUACAACCCUCAGAUGCCAUGGGUCGGGAUGCUACGUGGCUCAUUACUUCUCAAGGGCUUCAAACAUGUGUUCCUGAGCCCGACAGCUGCGAACUACGAGAGCGGCGAAGGGCGAGGUACUCGAUCCGGCAAUGCUGCACUUCACAGGAUGACCGUGGUCACACCGGCGUCCAUUGCCUACAUCGCCACGCAUCUUCUCUUUGCCCUAUCCUCGAGCUGCGUUUUCAACAAGUUUAAUGUGGAUGUAGAUUUGGUGGGCUUUUAUCGGAGCAUUAAGGGUUUCUUCUAUGAUUCCGAAUGGGCUGAUGAGGCUCAGGAUCUUCUGGACUGGUGGAACCGCCAGAUCUUUCCCGCUCUUUACCAGGCUCCUGCCACCACGAUGAAGGGCAGCCAUCAAAUGGCAUGUAUGCAUGCUGCGAAGACUGCGCAUGCCAUUGCCGCCUAA